AUGAGUUCAAUCGAUCCACCCCAUCCUCCAAGCGAUGUGGCUUCAUCGCAAGGCCACGAGACGAAGGGCUGGAGAUUCCUUUUUGCGUUCACAAGGAAGGCGCAUCUGCUAGUGCUACUGGCUGCAAUCCUGCUAUCUCUAGCUGCGGGUCUUCUCCUUCCAGCUACAAUUAUCUUCCUAGGAGCAGUGUUCAACAGCUUCUCAGAAUAUGCCUCGGGCAAUAUCGAAGUUACCACUUUCACUGAAGAAAUGAGGAGCAGUACUUACGCGUUCCUGAUCCUUGGAGCAGCUACGAUCCUCCUCAGAGGUGGAUUCUUCACCUGCUGGCUACAAUUUGGAGAGCUACAGGCCAAAUGUGUCCGUGAAGAUUUGUUCCGUACUUUAUUGGAAAAAGACCAAGAAUGGUAUGACCUGCAACCCACAGGUGUGGAAACGCUUCUGAGUAGAACGCAAACGCAGAUAAGAGACCUUCGAACUGCGACUUCUCAACCUCUUGGCUUCUCGAUAGCAUACAUUGCACAGGCCCUGGCUGCACUCGCACUCGCACUUUUCACCAACUGGAGAUUGAGUCUCGUCAUCGUAGCAAGCCUGCCCAUCAUGGCUGUGGGGGUAGCGUUGACCUCUUGCCGCAUGUUGGAAUAUACGGAGCGCCACAACCAUAGCCUCACUCACGCGGUAAGACUCGCAAACUAUUCCAUCUCCAACAUAGUCAUCUUAAAAUGCUUCAAUACCCAAUACCAGGAAGAAGAACGGUACGGCAAUAUCGUGAGAACCGCAGCCGUGGAUUAUCUGAAGCUUGCAUUUUCAAAUGCGCUCCAGGCAGGAUUCACUCGCUCCAUCGGAAGUGCCAUGUUUGUUCAAGGCUUUUGGUAUGGUGGUUCACAAGUACAUGCAGGCCAGACCACGACUGGCAAGGUCAUAAUAACCUUCUGGGGUUGCGUCAUCGCUGCAAAGUCAUUUGAAACAAUCCUUCCACAGGGUAUCUUACUCCAAAAGGGUCGUGCUGCUGCUUUGGUGUUGAAAGGCAUCAUCGGAGACAUUUCGGAAGAUCAAAUUGGCUUGUCCAGUGGUAGAGGCCUUAUCCCACCCUUCUGUGGAGGCAAGAUCGAAUUUCGUGGAGUCUCUUUCGGAUAUCCUUCGAAUGCCGAGCACCUUAUAUUGCGAGAUUUCUCCCUCUACUUCCCAGAAGGUCAAACGACUUAUCUGGUUGGCAACAGUGGAUGUGGAAAAAGUACAAUAGGCUCCUUGCUACUCCGCUUCUAUGCUCCCAAUAGCCGGGGAAAGAUCCUGUUGGAUGGAAUGGAUGUACAUGAUCUUGAUAAAGCCUGGCUGAGGAAUAAUAUCACGCUUGUUCAGCAACAGUCCCAUUUAUUUUCCGGCACCAUCCAUACCAAUGUUGCUCUUGGUCAGAGUGAUCCUUCACUCGUGACUGAAGACGAAGUCCAACGUUGUCUUGAGUUGGCAGCCCUGGAAGCAACCGUGGCCGCUUUUCCAGACGGACCCAGGACCAUGGUUGGAACUGGAGGGUCGGCCUUAUCAGGCGGACAAAAGCAGCGGAUUGCACUCGCCAGAGCAUAUCUUCGUGAUACACCUGUCCUGCUAUUAGAUGAAGUGACAAGCGCUCUUGAUUAUUCGACCAGGACUCGGGUAAUGGAAACAAUCCGGAGCUGGAGACGAGGAAGAACGACCAUCAUCAUUACUCAUGAUCUCGACCAGAUCCGACCAGAGGAUUUGGUAUACGUUCUGGAUGCUGGUGUGGUUGUUCAGCAAGGGCUUCGCAAGGACAUUGCCGACCUGGCAAACCGUUUGACAAUCGUUAGCAAGAACCAGGACUCUGAUCAAAAGCCCUUCCAAGAAACACGAGCCAUAUUCAGCAUCUCGUCACCUUCGAACAAUGCUACAAGGAUUCAAAUCGCCGGGAACAGGGUUUCCAGGUGGAAAGAGUCGUUGGACCAUUUUGGUGCACCCACAAUAACUAACAUGGCACCCCUCGACUCCCCUACCAAUGUUAGGCGACAAACACUCAAAAACUCAAUUGCGCUUGGAGUCCAAGGUGCUUUGGUGAAUUUGAAACGCCAAUCAAUUGCUCGAGCCAAGUUCUUGUAUGCACCGAUUCCCUCUCACCCUGCACUGCCCCUGACAGAUAAAUCGCAUACACCUCCAGGGGAAUUAUUGGCGUCCCUUCGCCGGACAGAUGGCUUCCUCGGACAGAGGAACAAAAUGAGUGAUCUGCAUAACAAGCCACUACCUAUCCCUCUGGCUACUAUCGAGAAUCCACUGGAGCCAACAUAUAUUAUGCGCAUCCGCAAAUCUAAGAACACUCAAGAGCCAAAACCUCCCUUGUCACUCUUCGUAAUUCUCAAGUCGGUGUUCCCUGGUUCUGCUCUGAAAAUACGGGUAAGACUCGCCAUUGCUUUAGUAGCAACCAUAUGCCAUGCAGCCAUGGGGCCCAUAUUUUCCUAUAUCCUUGCACAGGUAGUCAACACCUUCUUCCUCCAAUCAGGAUACAAGGAGAAACUUCUGCAGCAUUCUUUACAGAUGCUCGGAAUUGCAUGCAUUGAUGGACUUUGCUGCUUCGCAAUGACAUACUUGAUGGAAUUUGUUGCCCAGUCAUGGGUAGAUGGACUGAGGUCUAAAGCAAUGUGCCGCAUUUUACGGCAACCUAAAGCUUGGUUUGACGAAGAAACGCACAAACCAUCAACGAUAGUAGCGGCACUGGAUCAGAACGCGGAAGAAGUCAAAGACAUAGUCAGCAAAUUCGCUGCACAGAUUGUCAUUGUUGCCGUCAUGGUCCUGGUUGCGAUGACAUGGGCCUUUGUGACGUGUUGGAAAAUAACCCUCGUCAGUCUUGCUGGAACACCAGUCGUGUAUGGGCUCGCUAAAACAUUUGAUUUGGUCUCAGCUCACUGGGAAAAUUCCACCAACAUGAAGAGUGAUAACAUUGGGGUCGUCUUUGUUGAUGCUUUCAUGGAUAUCAAAACCGUUCGAGCCCUUACUCUGGAGUCCUAUUUUCAUCAAAAGCUCAGCUCUGCAACACAUGAUGCUUUGUCCACAGGGCGCCGUCGUGCCUUCUUCAGUGGGAUAUUCUACGGCUUGUCGGAGUCAGCCGUUCAUUUUCUCACGGCUCUGAUAUUUUGGUAUGGAGCAAAACUCGCCAAAGAACAGGAUUGGGCAAUCUCUUCCAUUCUGACAUCAUUCUCUCUAAUUCUGUUCGCGGCGACUUAUGCGAGUGCAACCAUGACCUAUAUACCGCAAAUCAAUUCUGCACAAGACACGGCCACUCGCUUGCUCGGUCUUGCUCAGAUGUUGGUUGUGUCCCAUGAGGACAAGGGAACUUUCAUCCUCGAUGCCACCGAUCCAAGUACGCUAACAGGUCCCAUUCAUUUUAUCAACCAGACCUUUCGGUAUCCUACACGACCAGACACGUCCGCCCUAUUUCGGUUGAACUUGACGAUUCCUUCAGGUAGAUACACUGCUAUUGUUGGUGGAUCGGGCUCGGGAAAGUCAACGAUUACAGCUCUCAUCCUCGGUUUAUAUCCACCGUCCCCUGAUAUGGUGGCACAAUCUCCAUCGUUUCCAUUCGGAGACCCCCCUUCAUUGACAUUGUCUGGACGUGAUAUCAGAUCCCUUCACCUGAAGAUCCUGCGGUCCAUGAUCUCCAUAGUGCCCCAGACCCCGGUUCUCAUCCCUGGGACGGUACGCGAGAAUAUUGCCUAUGGUUUGCAAGCAGACGUGAACUCGAUCUCGGCUUCCAGAAUCGAAGCAGCAGCACAUAUGGCUGGUAUCCACGAGUUCAUACAGUCACUUCCACAGGGAUACGCCAGUGUCGUGGGUGAAGGUGGCAUCGGCAUGUCUGGCGGCCAAGCGCAACGCGUUGUAGUUGCGCGGGCUCUGAUACGCAAUCCACGUAUUCUGAUCUUGGAUGAACCUACGAGCGCUUUGGAUGACGAUAGUGCUCGGGUCAUCAAGAACAGCAUUGUCCGACUGAUGCAGGAGAAAGGCAGCCGCUUGACGGUCAUCUUGGUCACACAUUCAAAGGCAAUGAUGAGUUUUGCCGAUCAUGUCAUCGUUAUGAAGGAAGGAGCCGUCGCUGAACAGGGUUCGUAUGCUGAGCUGUUGGCUCGUCCGGGCGAGCUCUCGGAAAUGCUUCACAACAGACCCGACUGGUAG